CGCGCACGCGUUGUUUUUACAACAUGUCUGCGCCCUUGAGAACACAUGAAAAUAGUAGACUGAGCCAAAUACUGCAGUUAAUUUAGCCGCUACAGAAUGCAUCAUUGACAGUACAUAAAUAUUUUCAAAUGGCUCAUUUCACUCUCAGGUUCCAGUCAACAGUUGUGGUCUUUAUUCUUGGUUUUGAGGAAUACCCAUGAACAGGAGUAGGUCGAUUAUGCUACUUUAUGGUAAGUGUGGGUUCGAUCGGAUUACGAGAUGCUUUCUGAGUCGGGUCUCUGACACCUGUCAUGCUCCCUGCCUACAAAGACUGUACCACAAACAUUUAUGUGCAAGGCAGCAAACGAACAGAAAUUCACCUCACACUCUCUCGAUGUUUGGGCACAUGAUAACGCUUCGUGGUUUUCAUGUAACUCAGUCAGUGUUCCUGUCGAAGAUUUUAUCAGUGGAGGAAAUAUUUUCCAAGCCAUCGUUGCAGGAAUACUUGAAGAAAAUGGAAGAUGAGUACGAGGCUAGUUUGAAAAUCAUAAACACGAUGGAAGAUCAAAGUCAUGGCGAGGAGGAACUAAGUCAGAAGAGGAUCCGAGUCUCGGUUUUAACGCCGUUGGUCCAACAAAUCAGAGACCUCAAAUUAAAACAGAAAGAGUUUGAAGAAACCGAGGCUUUACUUAAGGACAAUGACCCAGAAUUACGUGAAUUGGCAGAAAUGGAAAGAGAUUCUUGCCAGACUGCUAUUCAAGACCUGAGACAAACGAUCCUGUCUCUCAUCAUUCCUGCCGAGGAAUCAGACAUGAGUGAUCUAGUCCUUGAAGUCACGGCUGGGGUUGGAGGACAGGAGGCAAUGCUCUUUACAUCAGAAAUGUUUGACAUGUACCAGAGCUUUGCUGCCUUCCAAGGAUGGGGAUUUGAUGUACUGGAGUACACAUCCAGCGAAAUAGGUGGAUUGAGACAUGGGAGUGCCAGUAUUAGUGGGCCCUUGAGCUAUAAGAAGAUGAAGUUUGAAGCUGGAGUCCACCGCGUGCAAAGGGUCCCCAAAACUGAGAAACAGGGCCGCAUGCACACCAGUACAAUGACCGUUGCAAUUCUCCCUCAGCCUACAGAGAUCACAUUUACCAUUCAGGCAAAAGAUCUCAGAAUUGAGACAAAGAGAGCAAGUGGUGCAGGUGGACAGCAUGUCAACACAACAGACAGUGCUGUACGAAUCGUCCAUAUCCCCACAGGAGUGGUAUCUGAGUGUCAGCAGGAACGGUCCCAGAUAAAGAAUAAAGAAACUGCCAUGAAGGUGCUCCGAGCCAAGCUUUACAGCAUGAAACUGGAGGAAGAGACAAGUAAAAGAUACCAGACACGUAAACUACAGAUUGGAAGCAAAGGGAGAUCAGAAAAGAUCAGAACCUACAAUUUUUCACAAGAUCGCGUCACGGAUCAUCGUAUUGGGAAAACGAUGCAUGAUGUCCGAGGAUUUAUCUUGGGAGAGGAUUUAUUAGAAGAAAUGAGCGUGUGUCUGCAACAGUUCUCUCAACAAGAAAUCCUUCUGGACCUUUUGGGGGACAGUGAGAGCUAACCUGACUCGUCACCUGACGUUUUCUAUUAUUUUCUCCGUGGACUCGUUUAGUGGUCGUCCCGCCAAAUGUUUUUGACUGCUUUGAUUUCCGGUAAUGCACGGAUUUAAAACUAUUCGUUUUAAAACACAGGCAUCGAGGCACCGUGCCUAUCUAUGUCUAUGACAUAAUGCAUGUUAAUGUGUUGUGUCUUUAUGCAAGAAGCUGUUGAAAUGCAACUGAUAAAUAAAAAUAAUGUUUCAAUCGA